UCAUGUUUUUAUUCUGCGCGUUUCCUGCAGGCCGUACGAUGCGUAAUUUCCGUAUGUGAACUGAAAUUGCAGUUUGCUGUGGCAAUGUCAAGUGCAUGCCUUUCGUGAGUUCCACACGUCAACGUCAUUUUUAAAAACAAAUAUUUGCCGUAUCAAUGAUUGAUGUAAUCUUAUCCUCAGAUCAGUUCGUCAUCGCCGCGGUUAUGAUUCAAUAUUGACGAACGUUACUCAGUACCCGUCUACUGGCUUGUGAAUUAACUAGACAAUAGUCAUUCAAUGGCAAUUCGAUACGCGCGUAAAUUUCAGGUUAUGACAACGCCACACGUGCGUAUCGUAAACAAAAACUUUUUACCAAAGCAAUCAUAAUGCAAACGACUCCAAAAAAGAACAGCGACGCUGUGCCUGUUAUACCAGAGCAUUUUUCCCCACUCGUCAUCUCAGAAUCUCCUGUUGCCAAAACUCCACAACGAGGAAACCUGACCGGUGCCCCAAGAAGAGUACGUGACAUUGCUGCAGACAUUCAUUCGAGUAUUCAGCAAUGGAACAGCGUACAUCUGAAUGCUGUACCAAUUCUGAGGGAUAUAUGCAGGUUAAAAGUGGAUGAAAAAUAUCCGGAUGGUCUCCAAGAGUUAUGUGAUACCUUGGAAGAAGGUUGUUAUGCUUUGGAUGAGAUUGUCGCUAGUCUGAAAUUGUUGACUCACCAGAUACAAGUUGCAGCUUCCCUACACAAAACUACUGAAAUUAUGUUCUCAACGUGGCCGAUAGAUAAAUUUGGUGAUGUUGCAGAGAUCAUUUAUGAGGCAUACAGAGACGAAGCUGUAGUAAAGCGCAAAGUACUAGAAAAUAUAGCACACAAUCACGAAGAGGCAUGGAAAAUUUUACACUUGGCCGCUUGGGUUCAUCAACCAAAUAUAACUGAAAAUGUGACAAGACUUUUGGAGUCGUUGUUAGUUGAAACGGGACAUCGAUGAUAGGUAUAUUCAAUAUCGAUCUUAAUAAGAUUAAUUAAGCAAGAUUUUUUAGUUUACAUUACGUUGGGGAACAUUUUAAAUCAAUCAGUUCUUACGUAUCAUAGAUAAAAAAAACUAGCAGUUCAGUGCUUAGCUGAUCAUUUGCUACCAGAUAAGGAUAACAGUUGUAGCUUUGCAAUACAUGGUUCAACAAUUAUUUCUAAUUUUCGCCAUGUACAAAGUGAAUCAAACUGUAUUUUUACCAACUGAUAAAAAUGAAUUGUACAGUUCAUUUUGAAAUGCAAAAUCAUAACAACAUUAUGUUAUAAAAGUAAUGUAUUUACAAUAAGAAUUUCAAU